AGACUCUCGCUCUACAAGACCUAUUUCAUUAUUUGCCAGAAGUUGUUGUUGCAGUAUCCUUCCUCCUUGAGUUCAAGCAACGAGCAUCACAAGCUAAUUUUGGGCCAGUCCAAACUAGGCAAAUUGAUCAAGUUGGUGUUCCCUGAUCUUUUGAUCAAGAGAUUGGGUUCCAGGGGUGAAUCUAAAUACAACUAUUUGGGUGUGGUGUGGAACGAGAACAUUAUUGACAGUGAGAUAGCAGCCCUUUGUAACAAUUACGAGUUGGAGGAUUUGAAUCAAAUCUUCCAGGCCAAAUAUAAGGCCAAGUUUGAGAACUUGAUCAGCCAAAGUGGAUUAAAGUCCCAGAACUUAACCGAAGUCCACACGGGCGACACUUCGGGUGGUCGCUCUGAUGCCGUCUUGAGCACCAUUGCUUCCAACCCUUCUACCAUCAUGGCCAGCGAGAGCUUUGAUGUUGAGUUCAGUAAGCCGUUAUACUCGUUUUUGGAUGAGACCUUGAAGUUUCCCUCUGAUUUCAAUGUUAGUGACUGGAUCAAAAUCACUAAAUUAAGUCUUAAGCUGGACUCACCCGAGGAUAUUGAUGGAGUGGUCCAGCAGCUUGUUGACUCCCAAACUGGUGGCUCGGAUUUUGGUUCCAGCUUGGUAUCUAACCUCAAUGCUAUCGGGUUCAAUAUGUCAGAACACUGUAACGAUUUGAAAGUAUACUUAUGCAUCUUGUUAGAGGUUUUUCCCAAAAUGCUUAUGAUCGAACCUUCAACAAAUCUUCGGGAACUCAAGCUGAGUUUAUUGCACUUCCUUGAUGAUGAUCAGUUUGCAUCACUCAACCAGAAAAACUUAACCAACUUCAAGUUGUUACUCAAGAACUUGAUUGGUUUGAACGACUUACUCAUUAACCUCGUCAAAUACGUGUUUAAGGACACUUUGAUCAUGGGUGAUUUACACCACGUGUUUGACAAUAGUAACCACGACAAUUUGAUCAACAGUUUGGUUGACUCUUUGAUCAUCUUCGACAUGACCGAGUCGUUGAACUAUUCUUUCUUGAAUGAUAACGUCAAUAACCUAAAAGCAUUCUUCCUUGUGGACUUGCACCAAUUCUUUGAAGCCACUCAGUUGGCAACCAUCGAGAACUCAGAGGUCAAGCUGGAAGAACCUGAGUUUGAAUCAUUGACGUCUGAUUUCAAAAUGACAAAUUAUGAGUUUACCAGCCUACUCAAAUUCCUUUCCUUGAUUGACAAUGGAUUGGUAAAAAACUUCAACCAAUUUCCUAUUUUUAUGAUGAUUAACUUUUUGAACCUUGUAUCCAACGAUUUUCUAAAAUCUGUCUACUUCAAACAUGUCAAUAGUUCAUCCAGUGCUUUUAGCCAUUGGUGGUCUAUCAACUGUUUCCUACAAGACUAUGUCAGCAUGGUGGGUGAACUAUACGGGUUAUAUAACGAAAUUUAUAGAAUUCUGUGAUUAGCAGGCCCAAUGGAAACUCCCAUUUAUUGGCAUAUAUAAUCCUAAUGACUAAUACAUAUAUUGAAAUUACUGGAGCAGUGGGUUCAUCCGCGAUUAAAAAAUUAUUAUCAUCAAACUCAUCACUCCUCAAAUGCACCCGAACCAGAAUUCUAUCAAAAUAAUAUCUGGAAACUCACACCCGCAGUUGGCCAAACUUAUAGCAGAGAAGCUCCGGUUGCCCCUUGCCAAAAUAGGAGCCUUCCAGUACACUAACAAAGAGACUGCCGUUUCCGUGGGUGAAUCCGUGAGAGAUGAAGAUGUAUAUAUAAUCCAAACUGGUUCCGGAGAGAGCAACAUAAAUGACUUCUUGAUGGAGUUGUUAAUAAUAGUCAAUGCCUGCCGUACUGCCAGUGCCAGAAGGAUCACCGCUGUCAUUCCCUGUUUUCCAUACGCAAGACAAGACAAAAAGGACAAAAGUAGAGCUCCCAUUACCGCUAAACUCGUGGCCAAUCUAUUAACUACUGCCGGAUGCAAUCAUGUCAUCACCAUGGACUUGCAUGCUUCCCAAAUCCAGGGAUUCUUCAGAAUUCCAGUCGACAACUUGUACUCAGAGCCCAUUUUCUUGAGAUAUAUCAAAGACAACUUUGAUUUAAAAGAUGUGAUAAUAGUGUCGCCAGACGCAGGAGGAGCCAAGAGAGUGGCAGGAAUUGCCGAUAAGUUGGACGUGAAUUUUGCAUUGAUCCACAAAGAACGUCAAAAAGCCAAUGAAGUAUCCAAAAUGGUGUUAGUUGGUGAUGUCUCGGAUAAAGUGUGUUUGUUGAUCGAUGAUAUGGCUGAUACUUGUGGAACCUUGUGUAAAGCAGCAGAUGUGUUGAUGAAAAACAAGGCCAAGAAGGUGAUUGCCAUGAUUACACAUGGGAUUUUCUCUGCCGAUGCGUUGGAUAAGUUGAAUAACUCCAAAUUGGACAAAAUAGUAUGCACGACCUCAUUACCGUUACAAAAAAAGUUAAGUCAGUGUCCCAAAAUCACCUGUCUCGAUAUAAGCAGCACUUUGGCGGAAGCGGUGAGGAGAUUACAUAACGGUGAAAGUGUUUCGUACUUGUUCAAUAAUGCCAUUGAGUAAACUUCUAAUAUACAUAUACCUACUCAAGAGAUGAUUUCUUCUCUGGCUUCAAUCAAAUACCAGUUAAUUCCCAAACUCAACUUGUAAGGGUUACCUUGCUCAUCAUUUAUGUUCGUCUCGUCAACCUUGAACUCCUUGAUGUUGAUGAUUUUCGCUACCAACCACUCCUUAUUAUUAAGAUUAUCAUUGCUCUUGUUCAAGUUGUUCAAGAAAAAGUGAGGUGCACCUAUGUUGAAGGCAGCCCAUGGUUGAUAAGUCAAUUUCACCUCAUUCAAGCUCUCGAUUCGGGUAGGUAAAAAUAGGGCCAAGUCACCCACAGCGAAGUUAUUCAUGGAUAUCUUACUCAGCAGGCUCUUUGCUAGCUUGUUAAGUUCUUGAAGCUUAAGUUUGUUCUCUUUAGUCAACUUCUUUGCAAAA